GACCACCACCGUCUCUGACCUCGACGACGACGACGGCCUGGUGCCGAUAUUCCACUUUGAUCUGCUGCAUCAUCCUUGCUUUGAACGCUUUGUGUCUGCACUUGUCUCUACCGCGCAUCAGAGCUCGAGCCGGCUGUAGCACUACCAGAUCAAGAUGCACUCCGAUGCCUUUGAUGUCAUCCCCUAUGAGGAUAUAAAAGGCGACUGGAAGAAGCUCGGCUCGGGGUCCUUUGGCAAUGUCUACAAGGCGACCUACCUCGGGAUCGAUGUCGCGAUCAAGGAGGUACUACCAUCGAACGACUACGACGUCGCCAAGUACUUUGAGAGGGAAUGGCGGCUCAUGAAGGAGGCGCGCCAUCCUAAUGUGGUGCUCUACCUCGGCCUCUCCCGCGCUCCGGACGGCCGCAUCUUCAUCAUAUCGGAGUACAUCGAAAGCGGCAACCUGCGCAUGUACAUCCACGACAAGUCGAAGCCAUUCCCAUGGCGGCUCCGGCUCUCCUUCGCCACAGACAUUGCACGUGCCCUUGCCUACCUCCAUGCGCGCAAGUGCAUCCAUCGUGACCUCAAGGGCGAGAACCUGCUUGUUACCGCGAACGGGCGUCUCAAGAUCACCGACUUCGGGUUCGCGCGCAUCGCCGCGCGUAACGAAGAGGAGAGCAAGCGCCUUACGUUCUGCGGCACAGACUCGUACAUGUCGCCGGAGAUUUUGCUUGGCAACGAGUUCGACCUUCCGACGGACAUCUUCUCUCUUGGUGUCAUAUUUUGCGAAAUCCUGUCGCGAAAGCUCGCGGACGACAACACCUUCCGCAGGACCGCGCCGUUCUUUAACAUCGACGAGGACGAGGUCCGGACGUUGGCUAGCACGGGCUGUCCACCGGGUUUGAUUGCGCUUGCCCUGGACUGUCUCAAGCAAGUGCCCGGCGAACGCCCCAACACGCGGGAAAUUCUGGACCGUCUUAGGGAGAUCGAGGCGGAGGUGCUUGCGCGGCCGGAGGCGGACGACAUUCAUCUGGGAACUGUCAGAUUCAUGUCCGGGAUGCGCAGACCGGGCGCUGCCCCGCGAAUCCCGAGCUUCGGUCAGGGGAUCUCCGCCAUGGGCGCCGCAUCCAAGACGGAUGUCCAUUCUAGCGACGAAGACAGCGACGAUGAGUUCGCGAAGGUUGUCGAUGGGCUUAGCAAGGUCGAUCUCGCAAGCCAGUGGAGCGGCGCAACGGACGGCCAUGCGAGCAAUAACAGCGCACAGCCAUUGAUCGACAGCACGUCGAGCACGUACUCGGAUUAUAGCACGACGGUGAUCCGUGGUCACUCGCCCGCAUACACGGACGCCCCACCGUCACUUUCCUCGAUCCUCACUAUACGACCCUCGCCCAACCCCAACGGGUCAGACGACCUUAAUGGCCAUCCUCUCGCGACGGGUGCACACGGUCCGACGCCAACUACUACCACUAUACCCACCCCGUCGGACUCAAUGCUCUCGAUCGACUCAUUCCACACUGCGUCCUCUUCCAGCAUGAUCGCGCCUUCCAUCGCGGUCGCAACCGAAGGCGGGUCGACGAUCCGCGGCUCAACUCUUCCCAUGGUUCACCGCUUCACGCUCAUCAAGCCGGGCUCAAAGAGGACCACGAACGGGCGGGAGAAGGACGUCCCCGUCCGUAGCGCGUCACCGUCACGUUCUACAGAGAACCUGUGGAACCCGCUGGAGCUGUUCUUCACGAGCACGUUGUUGAGCGCAAAGUGCGACGUCUGCGCGAAACGCCUCGGGUGGAAGCCUGUCUUGGAGUGCGAUGACUGUGGCAUGAAAACACACAUCAAGUGUGGCGACCUCGCGCCCAUGGACUGCGGCGUCCGUGCCAUGCAGCCGCCACCCCAGCACACGACCCCGCAGACCUCGCCAAGCGCCAAGCUGAAGGCGAACGGAAAGCACUCUCCGAAAUGACCGCCAUGACCGUCACGACCGUUCCCCUGCAUUCACGACCUUCACGAGCACCAGCCAGCGAUCCGUUCUACAUCCACAUCCGCCUCCGUAUUUAUCGAGCUUGCGUUUCCCGGACCCGUUCUCCUCUCGCAAUCAUCCCACAGGACAUUCGGUGUCUGCAUGUAUUCUUAUACCCGGCGCAUGCCCAG